UUUCCAUACUUUUAACACACAUAAAACCUUUUAACUUCAAUGGCAUCCAUAAGAAUAUAUGCUAGCAUUCUUGUAGUUAUGAGCCUUUUAAGUCUUGGAUCAUCCGAGACUGGGAUUGGAACCAUCAAUAACCCUCCAUACUUACCAUCAGCUUGUUAUGGGUUCCAAGAUCAAGGAGUAAUGAUAGCAGCUGUGAACCAAGAUUUAUGGCAAGGUGGAGCUGCUUGUGGGAAAAACUUCCAAGUGACUUGCACAGGUGCAACCAACCAAGGUGUACCACAUCCUUGUACGGACACCCCCACGGUGACCGUAAUGAUCACCGAUUUCUGCCCGCCUCCUGGUUGCAAGGGCGACCUUGACUUGUCACAUGAAGCCUUUUCUACCAUUGCUGAUCCAAGAGCUGGAGGAAUCAAAAUCUCUUACCAACAGGUGUGAAGAAGAAGAAGAAGCAGCAUAACCAAAGCUGCAUUCGAAGAUCUUUAAAUAAUAACUCUACUGGCCUAGAUCGAAAGGCAUUUUCAAUCAUUUCAACUUUUAAUUUUCAUUUUGCUUUGAUGUUUAGUGUUCUCUUCUUUUUAUUGUACGUUAGUUGCUAUAUCAUGAAUUCAAGGUGCAUCUUCAUAAAUAUAAAUCUAGACAUCCACUUAAA